AGAGAGAGAGGUAAAACGUUUCUCCCACUCCACCUACCUUCUUUCAUUUCCUCCACUUCCUCAACACCACCACCAUGUACGGACUGGAGAACGUGAACUUGGAAGCAGUGAACCGCCAGUGGAUGUGUUCCAGCAGCUAUCUGGAGUGGGACCUACCAUCCUCCACCACCCCGCCUGACCCAGCCUACCCCGCCUCCUCAUGCUCCCCUUCCUCCUCCUCACCUUCCUCUGCCUCCGCCUACUCCUGCCCCCCUGCUGGCACUGAUCCCUGGGCACCUUGGGCCUCGCCACACAAGACACAGCAGGAGGACUCCUUGGUGGUAUCGGGUAUCCGGGAGGGGCGGCGGCGGCGACGGGUGUGUCCCAUGGCACAAGUGAGGCAGCGUCAGGCGGCCAACAUGCGGGAGCGGCGACGCAUGGCCUCCAUCAAUGACGCCUUCGAGGGCCUGCGAGCACACAUCCCCACCAUGCCUUACGAGAAGAGGUUGUCCAAGGUGGACACUCUUCGCCUGGCUAUCGGGUACAUCACCUUCCUCUCGGACAUGGUGGAGACCAACCCGUCCCUCCAAACUGGCAACCAUGCGAACAGCAACAGCAGCGGCAACAACAACACCAACAGCAACAAGAUCGUGGUGAAAAGUUCCGUCGCCUCCUACGGAGGAGGCAGCACCGAGUUGAGUCUGGGCGGAGAGGAGAAGGCCGAGGAGGUGGUGGCGUUCACGGAGCUAUCGUGGGCGUCGCAAAAACAAGAGGUGGUGAACGGGCGUGUCAAUACCUCGCUGUGGACGCCCUCCCACACCCUCGCCAACUGACACGCCCAAUAUCACCAGGCCCCCACCCUCACCUCGCCCAUCAUUGCCGCCACCACCGCCAACUCCACCUCCACAAUCACCUCCACCACCACAUCCACCGCCACCCCGUCCUUUCACCCUCUGCUUCAUUCCUCCUCCUCCUCUUCCUCCUCCUCCUCCUCCUCCUCCUCCUCCUCCUCUUCAACUUCCGUUUCCUAUAAGCCUAUUAAGAGCUAGGAAGAGGAAGUGAUUGACGUGAAAGAUGAAGAAUAGAGGAAAGAACAGUAGGAUAUGAAAGAAAGAAUUACGAAGGAAGGCAAGAUUUGUCACGGAGGGAAGAGGAACGGAAAAUGAAGAUAUCAGGAGAUUGGAAACGCUAGUCAAGGAGAAGAAGAGGAGGAAGAUGAAGAGUAAGGAAUAUGGAAAGGAAGUCAUUAUGUGCUUUGUAAAUUAAGGAAAGGAGAUGAACAAAAGUGCGAAAAAGACAUUUAAAUAUAUGAAAUGUAACAGAAUAUGAAUUUAAGGAUGAGAGAGAGAGAGAGAGAGAGAGAGAGAGAGAACGAAUGACAGAUUAAAGUUACCAUGCUAUGAAAAAAAAUGU